AGUUCAGCUUGCAGCAGCGCAUCGAUUGCAGCGAUGGCCGCAGCACUGCUAGCAUUGCUGCUCUUGCCUGCAACUACUGCACUCUACGCACCGCCAACAAGCGUACGACGACCAAGCCGCCUGCAAGACGCUCUUACAGAGGGCAACAAAUGCUACAUGGCCGGGGACCUAGCAGGCGCCAAAAAAGCCUACGAGGCCGGCGCCGCGGCGGGCUCCGUCGACUGCCGCGUCAACCUCGCGAGCGUGUGCCUCGACAGCGGCGACGAGGGCGCGGCGGAGCAUCUCUACCGCGAGGCGCUGGCGGAGGCGUUCCAUCUCGACGCGGCGCAGAACCUCGCGGGCGUGCUGCAGGCGCGGGGCGGCUACGAGAGCACGCGCGAGGCCUCGCUCUUGCUGCGGGACGUGGUGCGGGCGGACGCGACGCGGUGGGACGCCUGGGCGAACCUGGGGAGCGCGCUCGCCGACGCGGGCGCCCCGAAGCUCGACGCGAUCAAGUGCUUCCAGCGGGGCAUCACGCGGGCCGAGGCCGUCGAGCGGGACCCGGGCACGCCGGCCGAGUUGGUGGAAGGCAUCCGCCGGUCGCUCGGCGAGGUCUACUACGGCCUCGGGGCCUGCCUCGCCGACCUGAAUAGCGCCCAGCGCUUCGAGGCCUACGGCGACGGCGAGGUGCUGCUGACGGCGCGCGACGAAAACGUGAACCUGUACGACGGCUCCCAGGCCGACGCCGACGCGGCCGUCGCCGAGACGGCGGCGAACGCGCUGCGGGCCGCCCUCGAAUUAAAGGGAGGCGACUUCCCGCUCGCGCAGCACGCCCUCGACGCGCUGGCGACGCGCGAGGGCGCCGCCGCGCCGGACCGGGCCUCGCCGGCCUUCGUGCGCGCGCUCUUCGACGACUUCGCGCCGACUUUUGAUGAUCAGCUCCAGAACGUGCUCCAGUACAAGGCGCCCGAGCUCAUCGCGGCGAAAUGCGCGGAGCGUGGGCCGUACGCGGCGGCCUUCGACGCGGGCUGCGGCACGGGGCUGCUGGGCCCGCCGCUCCGCGAUAGUGUGGGGCGGCUCGUCGGCGCGGACCUCAGCCAGAACAUGGUCGACAAGGCCCGGGAGCUCGGCUGCUACGACUCUUUACUAGUAGGCGACCUCCUGGACGCGGCGUUGUAUGAUGAGGCGUUCGACCUCGUCGCGGCGGCGGACGUGCUAUGUUAUUUCGGGGACCUCGCGGCGAUCCUAGAAAGGUGGCACGGCGCGCUCGCGCCGGGCGGCGACUGCGUCUUCUCGUGCGAGCGCGCGCCGGGCGACACGUGGGUUUUGGGAGCUUCGGGCCGCUACGCGCACGCCGUCGACUACGUCCGGGCGACGGCUUCAAACGCGGGCUUUUCGGUCGUGUCCGCGGAGGACAUCGUCCCGCGCGUCGAGAACGGGAACGACGUCCCGGGGACGCUCUACGUCCUGAGUAAGAGCUAG